AUGACCAUCAGCACUGCCGCAAACAUCACCGCAAGCAUUAUGCAGGACAAGAAGACACAUGUGCCAGCGGGCGAGACGAACGAGGAUGUCGCGCCGGUGAACGUGUCGUGUUCACAGGAGGAUGAAGUGGCCCUUCGCAGCUUCCCCGUCAUCGGUGCGUCCGGACACUGUACCAGCAACGUGGGCUUGGGCAAUACGGAUGGCAACGCCUCGGACAAGACCAACGGAAACUCUUGGUCCUUUUUCACGUCGUUCCUGUUCUGCUGCCUCGGCAGCCAGGGGCGUGGAGGUUACUGA